GGCUCCCUCCGUGCCUGUGGUCAGUCAUGAAACAUUUCUCUUUUCCUCCGCAGAUUACUAAGCAACUGCACAGCGCAAGGCACUCACUGGAUUUGCCUGUCUGCCUGCCUCUGCCUUUCCAGAGCUGCUACCAGCCUCCCCCUCCCAGGCCAGUCCCUCCAAAGGCUCAGCCUUGCAGCACUCUGCAACUCUAUAAUGAGCCAAGAAAUUCAUAUUUCAUGGGAAGUUAAGCCGAGACCAAGCAGUAGCUGAGUGACGGAAGUUUUCCAAGGUCCCAUGUGGAAUCCUGAGAUGAACCCCCAACAGGCCUCAUACGCAAGUCCUGCCCCAUAGCCAGGAUGGAACUGGGAGCUGUCCGAGAGGUUGAGGUGCCUCACAGCUGCUGGAGAAGAAGGGACAAUGGUUGCCAUGGAGGACUCCUGUGCUGAGGGGCUGAGGGAAACCAGUUCCUUUUAGGCCUGGUCCUUAGUACCAUGAUGGGAGAGACACAGCAUGCUUAUGCCACCAACGAUACUGAGCCCAGCGCCCAAGACAAAGAUAUUGGCUUUGAGCAAUUUGGCAAGAAAGACGUGGGCGAAUUUGAUGGUCAGCUCCAGGAAGGCUCAGAGUCAUGUCUCAACACUGGGACCGAGAAUGGGUCCAGCUUCACUGGUGUCAAAGACAAGGAGCCGCACAAUCAAAGGGAAGCUGUGAUCCGGCCUCAGCAAGCAGGCAAGAUAGACUUCAAGUCCCUCCAGAACAGGCCCAAGUUCCUCAGCGAUGGCCCUUGGGGUUCUGUCAAAGGAAGCCCCCAGUCUCCCCCUGGAAAGAGCAGAGCGAGGGAUAAGAACAAGCGGUCUGGAAAAGGAGAGCGUGGCCACCAGCAGCUCUAUAGACUUACUAUCAGCAAUGCCAGACCAAACCCCACCAUUGGUAUUGCUUAUCCCCAGCAGAAGGUCACCCCACCCAAGAAGGUCGAAGUGGGCCGGGGACCCAUCUCGGGGAGCUACAGGUUCCACGUCCCCAGCAUCCCCGAGAGAGAGGUAGAACUGCAGCAGGAAGACCUCAGUUUCACACGGUGUUUUCCUGAGGCCCCCUCAAGCCAUAUCUCCAGCAACUUUACCUCCCCGACACCAACCGCGCGCCCAGCCCAUGGCGCAAAGCUUCAGCUGCCAGCCGGUGUUCCCCACGAAAACUUUGGCACCAAUGGGCAGCUGCAUUAUGUGGAGUUCCAGGGUAAUGGGAAUAGCUCAUGGCCUUUGCCAGAGAAAAACCUCCCAGGUGCUAACAAUGGACUCUCUGCCCCCAAAGCUUGCCCCUUGUUCCCCGAGAGCACCAAACCUAGCGCACACUGUGUGGGGCCCUUGUCAUUCCAGUACCCCUUCCAGACAUUGCACAGCUCUGCUGCGGACCCUUUCCAAGGCGACAUUCAUGCUCAAGAUUACAUUGAUGUGUCGCUGGCCGCCAGUCAGGCUUCUCAUGGUGCUUUUGCCUUCCAUCCUUCCUCCAGGGAAUGGAAAGAGGAAGUUCUUGCCGGUGGCUCCUAUGACCACGGCCCAGAGGGCAGGAUGUACGGGUUGGCUCCCCAACCAGCUCCCUUCCUCCCGUCACAGACUCAAGGGCAUUUGCCUUGCUACAAAGGAAGGAAUGAACAUUCCACUGACCACAAUGGUGCUAUCUCUCCUUCUGGUGCUAUCAACCAAACUUCAAGCACUUUCCAAGAAAACCAAGGCGUUUUCCCACCCAGUUUACACGUCUCUAGUUUGCCAAAGCCGAUCGGGAAGAGGCAGUCCUUGUUAACAGACAACGUAGCUAGUCAAAGGAUACUGGAUCCCGGUGGUGCUCUGAGAAGGAACAUGCCACAGGUCUCUCUACCCCAAGUGCACUUUCAGAACAAGCCUUAUGGCGACCCCACGGCCAGUGCUGCCAGCCUCGGCUCAGUGCCUUUCGAGAAGAGCCUUCCCACUACUGUGCAGGCCCAACCCCGGCUCUUACAGUCCUGGGAGGGAGGCAAGAAGGCUUACCCUCCCGUGGAACAAAGCUCAACUGUGUACCCAAGCCCUGCUGGGAACCAGCUCUCGUUUGGGUGCCACCCAGGGGCAGAACAGAGGCAGCACAUAAAGAAGGCCUGGCAGCAGCUGUGCCUCACCUCCACAAUGCCCGGCCAAGACCGAAUUGAGCUGUCAAGGAAGCUGGCCAGCCAGAAGCCACCUUUCCCCCUUGGGGCAUCAGACUGGGACAGCAGCAGCAAGGUUCAGAAGAACUCCACUCCCAGCUAUCCGAGUAAAGCCCUGCUGACUGGGGAGGGGGUUGUCAUGCAGCAGCAUGAUCCAGGAUCAAAGAACUGCACUCCAGCCAAUGCUUUGGGCUUUGAUGGGGCAAAGGACACAGAACACCCUGGCAUGUGUGUUUCCAGGGGCAAGCCCCUCUUCUUCAGCAUGAGCCAAGCACUGCCGCUAACUUCCUCUCGUCUCUCUUCCAGCCCAGCUUUGGUGUUGCCACCGUCAGCCUUGACUGCCUCCCCAGCCGAUUCUCCUCUCCCAUCGCCUGCCCCCCAUCCUGCCAGCAGCGGCAGCACCUGCUCAUCCCUUUCACCCACGUCAAGCAGCCCAAACAGCCACAGUUUUGAAGAUGGCGCUGUGCUGACCACGUCACCCUUCUUUCACCACCAGUCCCACCCAAAGGAUGCCAGUGAGUCUUUCCAUGCCUCUGACUCACUGAGCUCCACCGCAGUCCACUACCAGGCAGCGGACCCUCUCAAAGGCUUUCAUCUCUCCCACGGUGCCUCAAAGGAUGAACUCCUCUACAGAGGCGUCCCUGUGGACAACCACAUCCACAAGCCAGAAGCAGAUGCCUCCAAAGGGUGUCUGGAGGGUUUUGAGGCUGAGCUGCCUCCACCGCCUUAUUCCUCACAUCACUUCCUGGCAAGCACACUGAGCAGCACCAGCCUCGACCAGCUGGACGUCUUCCUGACCUGCAAGCAAUGUGACCAGAACUUCAGCACUCUCUCCUCUUUCCUGGACCACCGUCAGUUCUGCAGUUCUCACGCAGCUCUUCAGGGCCCAUCGAAAGGCUCUUCCCGGGGGGCGGAGAUCCGGAGGCAACAUCAGGUGCCUCCCGAGUCUGCAAAGCAUCCACAUGCUGGCCUGGGCCUCCUGCUGCCUCCUGUUGAUUUUGCAGAUGGAGAGGGCAAAGGGGAAUCCAAGGAGGACCCUCUGAAGGCAAGCCAGCUUAAUGGCCUUGGCACAAACCCCAUGCCACUUAGCGCUUCUGACUUGGAGAUAGACGAUGCCAAGCUCGACAGUUUGAUCACGGAAGCUCUGAACGGACUUGGGUACCAGUCAGAUAACCCUGAGAUUGACAGCAGCUUCAUUGACGUGUUUGCUGAUGAAGAAUUGGCCUCUGUGAAGGUCACCAAUGGUGGGACCACUUACAAAGCAAAAGAGAGCGUUGCUUCAGGGAAGAAAAUGAAGCAGCACCCAGGGAUGGAGGAGAAUGUGAAAAUGUUGAGCUGCUAUGAUGAUCAUCCCGGCAUGGACCUGGCAAAAAGGAAACCACCCGGGAAGCAAAAUGGGCAUAAAGAGAGAGUAGCGAGCUGGUUUCCAGACCAGGGAGACGAAAGGCUCGAAACACAGAGCAGCAGGGAGUCCGCUCAGAACAAGCCUAGUGACCUGGCAAUGCAGGGUGAGGCCAACCUUGAUGCAAGUGCCCAAACAAAGGUCAGAAGGAAAAACUGCAGGAGCUCCUUUAUGCCCCUGAAGCAGGAGGCCAAAACCAUGUCAGAGCUGAAGCAGUCCAAGAGCCUGAACCGCCCUCCUUCUCCAGGGAACAGCCUGCUCUCUGCGAAGGAUGCCAAGAAGCGCAAGCUGCGGAGUGGCACCUGGAGCAAGGAGCUCAUCCACAAGAUUGUCCAGCAGAAGAACAAGCUGCACAAGCUGCACAGCAAGGGCGGCAAAGCCGUGCCGCUUUCCUUGCUUGCUGAGCGGAUGCUCCCUGAGGCCAAGGACAGCAAGUUUGGCGAGUACGAAUACAUCUCGGAAUCGGAUGACGAGCGUGUGGAAUACGCCAAGCGGCACUGCAGGAGGAAGGCGGGGCAGCGGUUCAACGGGAGGCUGAGGAGCAGCCUCAGUCGGAGGCGCCAAGGGAGAGCGGGGAGGGAGAAGGACAAGGAGACAGCGUGGAGGUACGGUCAGAGGAGGGGCAGAGAGGAGCCCCAAAGGGCUGCCAGCAAAGAGCCUGGAAGUAAAAACGAAUGCACGGGCAGAGUGUGGCGCAGGUGCAGCCGCUCUUCCACCAGCAGCUGCCAGAGCAGCAGCCUGUCCAGUGAGACGAGCAACAGCCCUCAAAGCACAGAGAGGGCCGAUUCUGACACUGAGAAGGAAAGCGAAGAGAGGAAGAAGUUGCUGCAUGCCGCACCACAUCUACGAGAGCAGCCGGACAUUCCUGAGAAAGAAGCGGUAGGAGGAAGAAGCCAAAGAAUGACCUCUGAGUUGUCCAGAGAGCGAGGCAGCGUCAACUCACCCCCAGUUCAGGCAGCAGGUUUCCAGGUGCAUCAGAGCCCCAGCAUGUCCCCAGUCCCUUGCACAAAUGGAGACGAAGGUUUGCGCCGGGCCAAGAGGAAGAUCUAUCACAGCAGUGGCCUUCUUAACCAGAACCCCACUGGGCUCUUUGGCACUGAGGAUGCAGAACAGUCCCAUGGGGGAUCCAGACACAAUGAUGAUAAGCCCCUGGCUGCACCAAAAGAUGCUGAGCAGUGUUCGCUGGAAAGGAAUCAGUGCUGGCCCCAGUUUGCUGCCUACAAUGGAGAGGCCUUGAAAUACCACCUGGACGAGCUCAGUGGCCCAUCCUCUGAUGGCAGCCAUGACAUUCCCAGUGAUAAGAGCAACAGCUAUGAACAAGUAGACCUCAAGUGUUCAAAGAAACCAUUGAUUGUGGCUCCAAUCAGCUGUUUCCGAGACAAUCCCAUGGACAUAGGGAUAGCCAGGAAAGGAGCUGCUGCACUCGUUGAUGCUGCUAGUGCAUUUUAUGACUGCAAAGGGUUAUCUAACAGCUUUGAGUCAUCGGGCCUUUUCUCGGAUGCCCCAGGUGUGGAACCACCACACAGCAGCAAUGUGUUCCUGUGCCAGGGGGGCAUUGACCUCAGCUCAUUCAAACAGAAGCACCCUGAGAUCACGCCCUAUGAAGGUGAUAAUCAUGAACAAAGCAAAGUCCCCUCACCUCUUAGCUUUGAUUCUUCAUCGGUAUUCGGGGAGCUGCCUGUUGCUGAGUUCGACGCCACCUUAUACGAUGGUGUGGUAUCGAGCAAGGACAAUUACGUGGCCUUUGAGUGUGCUGGCCAUCAUCAGCUCAGCAAAACCAUCCCCUUUGACCAGCAGUAUUCUCCAUUCCCACAAGAGAAAGACUGGAAUCUGAUGGAGGAGGCAUCCCCAGUUUUGCCAGAAGACAUUGCCCAGUUUCACAGCCUCCCUGUUGAAAAAACAGUUGCUAAAAGGUACCCUGGCGAGAUCAACCAAAUCCCUUUGCCCGAAAGGAUGGCUGAUUACAGUAUGGCUUUCAUGAGCACUAUCUCAGAUGACGAGCUUGAGAUCAAAAGGUUAGUCACUGAGUUGGAAAGCCAGCUGCAAGCAAGCAAGCUGAACAUGGAAGUAUCUGAUGAACACCAAGCCCCCGGACAACCUACCAGCACAGAUAAGAAGGAAGCCACUCACCAGUUUUCACUCUUAACCCUCAACCAGGAAAGCAAUGGGAAAGGGCUGUUCCUAACAGAGGCCGAGUUUGAGAAAGCAAGCCUCCUUUCUACAAAAGCCUGUGUCUGUGAAAACUCAGGGAAUGAGAAAAGUCUCCUUGCAACUUUAGAUAGCAAGUACAGAAGCCACAGGGACCCUUGGCCAUAUCCGGUGCCCUUCAGCCCAAUACACUCCACCAUGCACACACCAUCUGCCACUGAUCUGAUCUUGGGAGGUCCUUUUAGCUCCAAAGAGGACCAAGACAAGCUUCAUGACAACCUGAAGGGUAUUGAAAUCUCCGAGGAAGAUGACUUCAGUGAAAUGCAGGCUGCACCUGCCAGAAUCAUGCCAGAUCCAUGCCAUUCAGACAUCUCUGACGAUUUGCGAGUUCCAAGCUACACAGAGCAUUUGAUACAAAGCCCUGAUCCAUUGUUCCCUAAAACUCUGGAGGCAGCUGAGCUAAAUGCGCAUGAGCCUUUGCCUCUGAGUGGGGAGGCGUUUGCAGAACUGCCACCAAAGGAAAAAACUUUUGAUGGUGCUGCUGAGUUGGAAACGUACAGGCAGCAAGUUCUGUGUUUGAAGCCAGAUUUUGGACUACAAGAUGUUGGUGGUCCAGAGCUUGAUGGCAACUUGCCAUCUAGUGCCGAAAGCAUCAAGGACCCAGAAGGAAGAGCCUUUCCUAAGACCAGGUCUCCUGAAAUGCUGGAGAGUAUCACACUAUUCCCAAGGGAUGAGGAUGGGUCUGCCCUUCUGGAUAAGUCCCAACAGACUGUUUGUCACUCUCCAGCCCUACACGAUAAAGCUGGAGAUGGGGAAAUGCUGGUUUUUGACACAUUGCCAUUUUCAAAGGAAAUGGAUGGGGAGGUAGAAGAUGUGUCCGCUCCCCAGGAGAAGGCAGGCAACCCAUUGCAGCAGCUGCAGUUGUUUGUGGCCAGGACAGCCAAAAGCAAUGAGGAGGACUUGCUGAUGCCAUGCUUCCCAGCCCUGCAGCCCACCUCCCACUUGCCUGCAAGUGUUGACAUUCAGUCUGAACAGAAAGAGGCAUCUAUGGGCCCUGUUGCAAGUGAGGAGGUGGCUGAAAGCUCCACAGUGAAGGAAAGGAAGAGCUCCCUGGCAGACGAAUCUGAGAACAGGACCAAGGCAUCUGAUUCAAUUGAACUAUUUUUUGAACCAGACAAACAGGCGGAAUAUCUUGGUGAAAGGGCUCCCUGCACUACAGAGCAAUCAGCCCUUCAGAGCCCUGAAAGACACAAUCCCAUUGCAGAAGAGAAGGAGCAGGAGCAGCACCUAAAAGAUGACAUUAAACGGUGUGCAGGUGGCAUUUCCCUAGAGCACAGUCACCUCUCACCACUCAGCGGCUCAAUGGUGACCUCAUUGCUAAGGGAAGAGAGAACGCAAGGCUGUCAAAGUACAGGAGAGGUGGUAAAAGAUCAGCAGAAUGCAUUUAGGAGCCACAGAAAAUCCCCCCUAAGCUCUGGAUCAUUUGAAAAUGAAACACCAGGCUGUGCUUUGCCAGCCAUGCUCAAGGGACUUGUGGCUCACUGCACAUCUUGGGGUGAAGCCUGCUGUGAGGAUCAAGUGUUGUGUGCUGCAGAAGUCCACCAGAUGGAAAGGAGUGGUGAUCAGGUGGGACAGUUGCAAUGUCAUGUGACUUUGGCUCCCAGCAACUCACCUGAAAAUCAACAUCAGGAUGAUUACUCCUUGCAUGGGAGAGGUUUCUGCUUGGGAACCAGCCCAGUUUCAGAAGAAGGCCAGAACUUGAAGGAGCAAGCCAGCCACUGUGCAGAAGCUUUGUCUCUGGAAGUCAGCUUGGCUAGUCAGAAAGAAGUGCUGAAAAGUGACACAGGCAGUGUUACACUCUCUGACUUUGGAGUACCACCAUCUGAAGAGAGUCCGACUGCUGCUGGGGAGCAGCAGAUUCCCCUUCUUGUGUGCAGGUGCUCCUCUAGUGCUGAGAAGACUCUUGUUGGGAAUCCUAUGCAGGAUUAUUUGGAGCACCAAGAAUGGACAGAAGCACCACAAUUUUUACCCAGCAUGCUCCCUGUGCUGUCAAAUAUGAUCAGUAGUAGUCAACAGCACAUUGAAGAAGAUGCCACCAGCACCUUGGCAGAACCUGAAAAGGUUGUCCAUACACCACCUGACUUUUCCUUGUGCUCUGGUGACCUAGCAGCUCCUCCUGUAGAGAUACAAAUACCCUUGAAAUUACAAGCCAACAGCUGCACAUCUCCCAGCCUGCUACCUUCUAAAAAUAAUGAUAUUCCCGAAGAACUAUCCAAGCAUCCAGGUCAUGAAGACAGUGACAUGUGCUCUGUGACGGAUGUGAUUACCAGUUCUCAGUCAGCAUCCUUGCAAAACAUUGUGCUUGACCAGCCUGCAUCAGAGACAGAUUCUGCUCAGCUUACAAAUACAAAGACGAAUCAAAACAGGGAGUUAAUGUCAAAACCUCAGGGGCCAAAGAAGGCUCAGAUUUGCCUCCAGAAAGGCAGCAAAGAUCAAGCUCAACCAGAGAUCCUUAAUGAUCAAGAGAUGGCCGCUGCUGACCUUGCAGGAACAGCUAAUGCCAGUGAUGUUCACCUUAGUGCUGGCAAGUUUCCAGAGACCACAGAAACUGGGCUCAAGAAGGCUUCACAAGACAUGGACAGCAGAGGCAACAGUUUGAAGAAUGAAGGCUCUGAGAGUGUAAAAGGGUACACUAGCUACACAGAACAAGAGGAGGGCAAUGAUGAAAGUCUGAAAGAUGAUUUCAAGACCAAGCAACCAAAAGAAAAGAAGGGGAAAGGACUGCAAGUCACCUGUGAUAUUUGCACAGUUCGUUUUAGAACCAAAACUGGGUUGAUGAGGCACAAAACUGUGAAACAUCAGGAGAAAAAGACCACUCCAUUGCAAGGCCUGGACUGUGCUCCACUGGAAAAGGCAUUCAUGACAAGCAAGCAACUCUCUUGGAGAAACAGCAGGGCUUCCAUCAAAGAGAGAGCAGGCAGCUCACAUCUGUCAAAAGCAGGCGUUAGCCAACCAUUUCCCAAAUCCUGCAGGAGCCAAAGGAAAGAUCCCAGUCCAGAGAUCCAAGAAGUUGUUAGUAAGGUGCUCAGUGACCUAAGUGUGAUUUCAUUUGAUGUAACCCAAGAACUCCAAAGUACAGAUGGUCCAAAUGAAGACAUGAAAAUGACAUCGCUAAGCACAGAGGCAGAGAGAUUGGGCAACUCAGCACCUGGCUCUAAACCAGGGCCAGACACAGGAGGGAAAGACAAAGAGACUGGUGCUGGUGGGUUGGGCAGUUUUGCCAGGAAGAAAUUUAAGGGAAAGGCAAGAAAAGCCAAAGUAUUUCCCAAUGAAACCAUCAGAUCUUCUCAUCUAGAGAGUGAGAUCCCUGAGCUUCACUCCACAAUGAUUCCCUGCACUGUCAACCUCCUUCUGACCACUGUCUCUAAAGAACUAGAAAGCAGCACUCCAUCACCUGGCCUCCAAGAACAGGCCAGGGCACAGUCACCAUUGCCACUUCACCCUCCAAUAGUUAAGGACUUCGAAGAAGUUGGUGAAAAGACAUCAUUAGCCCAAGAGAUGGCUGGGCAAGAGCUUCUUCAGGAUGUAGGGAGCUGUAAUGAGCAGUUGGUGGAUCCAGGGUUGAAAGGACACUUGCCAGAGAAGUGGAUGAGCAGGUACCCAAAACAAGUUGAGGAAAGGUUGAGCAAUGUCUGUGAAGAACCAGGUGAUGAUAUCAGCAUGGAAAAACCAGAGUCAUCUGAAGAGAAUCCACCCAAAGAGAUUUGCUGUAGAAAUCAAAAGAGGGCGUCAAUGUAUACACCAAGUCCCAACAGCCUCCAGCAGUCCUGCCAUGCCAGAGCAGUUGAAGAGGACUUCCCUGAAAUCGUAUCAGAAAAAGCUUCCAGUGGUGUCCCUUAUCCCACAGAGUCUGAGCCUUUGAAGAUGGAAGAGCUUCAGAUGAGGAAUAAAUCUCAGGGGGAUGAGGGGGAUGCCAUGGGUCCAGACCUGCAGAGUUUGUUUGAUGAUGACUCCACAUUUUCACAACUUUUCCCCAGGAAUGACCGGUUUGCUCGUCGGAAGUGCAGGCGGGUGUAUGGAAAGCGGACCAAGAAGCCCAAACCUGUCAUAGAGGUGAACCACAGGCCAGAAGGCAUGGCGGGUCUCUUUACAACCAGGAUGGCUUCAGAUCUUGGAGAAACCAACUCUUUCUGUGUCACCAGGGAUGACCCUUGUGAGUAUGACACUAUCUCCAUUGAUGAUGCUCUGACUCUCAACAUGUGUCAUGGCAGCAAAGCAAUAGUAAGUGAUGUCAAUUCCGGAUCUACCAAAAAUGUUCUGCAGCCAGACAAUACCAGGCAAAGGGAGGACAUUACUGAUUUGAAGAGCGAUGGCACAGUAAGGAGUCCAACAGAGGAUCUUCCAAGCUUGAGUAGUUGGGGUAGUCUUGAGAAGAAGACAGAAGGUAUUUCUGCUGACAGAACAUUGCUCAGCCCAUCCAUGGAACUGACAAAUGGGCAAUCAUCAAUGCCUCCCAGUCCAGAACCUCCUGACCUGGAAGAAGAAUCCUAUGACACUAGGAUGAAUGAAAAUCCUGGCUUGUCUGAGUUUCAUACAAUUGAUAUGGAUAUGUUGAACACAAAGUUUGAGAUGAGAGAUGUGUGCUUCUACAGCAUUGGGGAAGAUCAUCUCAGCCACACUGAAGAUGAAUGCACCUCAGGGUUCAAGCCACCAUCACCAGCCCAGCAAGGCAGACCCAUCAAAAAUAAGCUAGGAGAAGGAAAGCAGGGGAAAACCCGUAGCGACUUGAAUCUCAAGGCUAAAGACAAGCAAUACAAGUGCAAGGUGUGUUUCCAGUGGUUCCUCACUUUAGGGGAGCUGGACUUCCACAAGCUCACUCACAACCCUUCUCCUCCGCCAACAUGCUACAUGUGUGUCCAGAGGAAGUUCAGCUCCCGGGAGCAGCUAAGGGACCAUUUGAAGGAGAAGCAUGCCAAGAACAAAGCCGGCUUGUGGGCCUGUGGGAUGUGCCUGAAGGAAAUAUCUGACGUCUGGAUGUACAAUGAGCACUUACGAGAGCAUGCCACUCAGUUUGCCCGGAAAGGCCAGGCUCAGAAAUCUGUCUUGGGUGGGUUGCCCAGCUGCUUCAGUGAUGAUGAUGAUGCUGUCACGCAUUUCCUGAACUCUAUCAUGUGCCGGAAACCCAACAAAUCAGCCAAGCAUGCUGAGCCUGGCAGCAAAGCACCUGCUUGCAAAGAGAGCAAAAGUCCCAAGGAGCCCCAAGGAGGGCAAGAAGUGACUGUCAACAAGGACACCUUGGAGGUCCCACUAAGAACCAAGCCACCUGUUGCCUCUCCCAAAGCAACAGCCCCAUCUCCCAACCUUGCCCCUAAAGCUGAAGGGGCUCCAAAAUUGGCUCCCAUGCACCCAGAAUGCAAAGAUCCCUCUCGAGAUUGCCAUCACUGUGGGAAGCAGUUCCCCAAGCCCUUCAAGCUCCAGCGCCACCUGGUGGUGCACAGCUUGCAGAAGAUCUACCUGUGCCACAAAUGCCCGAUGUUCUACCAGGAGACGAAAGAGCUUCGGAACCAUCUCAGCCAAGAGCAUGGAACGGCCGAGGAAGCAGACAUCAAGCACACCACGCUCUACGCCUGUGAGCUCUGUGCGGAUGUCAUGCAUGUCAUCAAGAAGUCUUUCAUCUGCAGCACCUGCAACUACACCUUCUCCAAAAAGGAGCAGUAUGACCGGCACAUGGAGAAGCACCUGGUGGGGAGCAGCAAGACCUUCCGGUUCCGAGGAGUGAUGCGGCCAGGAGUCUCAGCCAAGGAUGGGGAUAAGAAAGUAAAAGAGGAAGGACACCUGCGGGAAGACAUACCAGCAGCCAAAAAGAAAAAGAUGGUCCAUCGCAACACCUUGCUUGCACCAGGCUUACCUGUGCAGUCAGGUUGCACCUGUGUCCCCCAACUAGGGAGUGAACCUCUGCUGUCUCCAAAUGAGCCUCUAUCCACAGCAGCCAAUGUGGCCACAAUGCCUCGACCCCAGACCUCCAUAAAAACAGAAGACCUGGUGGGCCGCUUCUCCAGUCUCCUGGGUGAAAUUGCAAAAACCCAGUGUGAUUGUCUGCCUCUGCCUCUUCCAGUUUUGCCCCAGGAUGAAUCAGGUGGCCCAGAACUCAAGCCCACCACUGAACUUUCUACAAGACAGCUGGUGAAAGGAGACUCCCUCGGCGACACUCCACCUCCUUCCAUAGACUCUCCUGAUGCAGUUAGUAUUGAUCUGGCCAGCUUAACACAUAAGCAAACAGCAGCAGCAGCAACACAAAAGCUGCCUCCAAUUCAUCUCUCUGAGAAGCACAGCAAGGAGGCAGUGGCCCCAGAAAAAGACACCUCUAAUGGCAAACAUGCCAUGGGAACCUGGGACAGCCCACAUUUCCAAGAAGAACCCGUGAGCAAGAUGCCUGACCUUUCUGCUGCAAAUCUGGAGGCGACAGAAUGCAAGGGUACUCCCAAAACAGAGUGGAAAGGCAAUCCUGAUCUAAAUGAUACAGCUCCUCAGGAAAGUGCCACCAAGAUGCACUUACCUGAAGCGACCUUCCACAUGUUCCUGCUGAAGGACAAGACCUCCUCAUCUGCCCUCAACCGGUCUGCCAAAGAGAUGCCUUCAAAGAAGGUCACAGGUGGGCAGACCUAUGCCGAGAAUGACCCCAGUGUCCAUUGCUCCCUGGGCAGUGCAGAAGAGGCUCAGAAGCCACCACCCUUAAAAGACAAGGCCCUCCCAGAGAUGGGUGCUGCUUACUCCAAAGACAACGGCACCAGUGUUGGCAUCAAAGAGAUGGGAAGCAACCCUGUCAAGCCUGUGAGCGGCCACCUCCGGGGCGAGGCAGGAGGUGCCCAGGCAAAGCACAGCCACCCUGACCUGAGCAAAUGCCCAGAGAGACCCAUUGCUAAUGGGCUGACCAAGCUUCACCCAAAAAAGCGGAAAGAACACAAAUCUGCUCACAAAGGAAGCUCAGCCUCCCGCGAGAACAUUGAGGGGGAUGGCAACAAGAAGAAAAAGGCCCGGACACCGGAUGCUGGGAGGAGCGAUAACACUGGAGGGUUCAAAAGGGCUGAUUGGCCCAACAGCGAUGCUUUUGCUCUUUCCCCCCGGAGGAGGGACCCUCACUGCAACAAACUGAGCCCUACGCUCAAGGUGUCCAUGGCUGGCGGCCAGCUCAAAAAGAUGGUGCUUGACCAAUGCUUUCAGAAGAAGGCGGAGAUCCGCCACGCCAAUGGAGACCUGAAACGCAAGAAGGACCUCUUGGCCAGCAAGGCCUUCCACCACCCCCUUUUAGCCAAAGACCCCUCUGCCUCCCUGCCAGGCUCUUUGAGCCGGCACAGAGCUGUCCAAGGUGCUAAGCUGCCCGACUCUCACAAUUACAGGACAGCUGAAUCCCAGAACAAUCUCCUAAGCCAACUGUUUGGGCAGAAAUUAAGUAGCUUUAAAAUUCCUUUAAGAAGAGAUACUUCUGAGUAAUUUAUGAAAGUGACUUAUGGUGAUCCUUCGCUGCUUUCAUUGGGGUUUGCAAGGGGGGGGGGAGAGAAAUUAUCAAAGCAUUAAAUUCGUUUGUGUAGCGUGAUUUCUCUGUCUAGCUUAAAUGAACUUGCACUGCAGCCUCUGAAAUAGUUUUGCUUUGUGUCUUGCUAAUCUACUUUAAUUCACCUGAUUUAUCAUGCAAAUGCUAGAACUUUGAUGUUGCUGAUGAUGUUCAUGAACUAAAACUGUAAUCGCUUUGGGCAGAGUGAAGCGUCAAGAGGAAAUGCUUUAUUGGAGAAGUGCUGAGGUUAUAAGGAUACUUGCAAAUCCCAGCCCCUUUUCAGACUGUGUCUCUGUUAUCUUUGUACAAAGUACUUGAAGAGAUGAACUUCAUUCCAGAGACGUCUUAUUCAUAAGGUGCAGCACACUGUAGAAAGCAUUUUUUUUCCUCCUCCCAAAGAUUUUGCACAAAUAAUCCCGAACGAUUUCAUUUAAUUGGGAGCCAGCCUAAGAAAUAACAAUUUUAAAAAAUUAAAUUAAGAAGAAAGCAGGCCACAGUUUUGACAGACAGACAUUUCCAAGAAUGUGGCAUUAAGAACUGCCAUGCAGCAUUUGGAAAAUUACUGCCUUUAUUAGACCACUGUAGAUGUUGCUAAAAGAGGGUUAUAUUUUUUAUUUUUGCAAAGAGAAAUGUACACGCCUUCCCCUCUAACCUAGCUAAACUGCACCUUGAAGAUUUGUGACAUAGUUUUUUAUUAUUGUUUUUAAUUAUUAAUAUUUUCCAGUGACAAAACUGCCAACUUACAUCUUCCCCACUCCCCUGCAGUACUGUGUCUCAAGGACCUGUAAGGUAUCAUUUUUAUAUUAAAAACAAACCAACAAACUCUUACUGUAUUGAGGUAGUUGCUAGACUUGGUAUGGGCUUUACACUAUGCAGUUAAACUGGUGCUAUUUUUAUUUUCAUAAUGUGAAUACAGACAGGAACGAACACACACACACA